AUGGCCUCAGCUAUGGUUUUAUCCUGCUCCACUUUCUUUACGUUGAUAGGCUUUGUCCUGGUUCUGUUUGGAGGAAUUACCGAUAAUUGGGCCGAAUAUUCAGUAGGUUUUGUGCAUUUUUGGAGUUUCAAAUAUGCGUAUAGAGGACUAAGAAGAUCACGUCGUAUUUUACAACGUUAUUUAUUUGAUCUUUACUUGAUUUUCAAUUAUUCUUGUAGGAAAAUCCAAAAAUUAUGCGAUUUUUUCGGUUUUUUUGGAUUUUGCAAAGUUUAACUCAAAAUUAAGAUGGUAAAAUUAGUUUUUAUAGAAAUUAUCAGCUCUGUAGAGACUUUUUCUAUUCUUUUCUACCAAAAAAAUAAUCGUUUUUCCCCAAAAAUUUGCCUAAAAUAAUGUAAUUUCCCUCAAAAUUUCCCAACUUUUCUUGUACCCAAAAUAAGCUUCGUUUGGUCGGGAAAUUGGAUCACCGAAAGGAAUGUGAGGUAAUCAACGACUCCGCUUCAAAUUGCAGCCCAAGACGGGAGCAAAAACAGUGAGCGAUAAAGGUCAAGGCCGGGUCGUUAAUCAUUGUCUCAAAUCUCUCGGGCGUUCGCUGCGAGGAAUUCUCUUCUCGCAAAAGGAGAGAGAAUUUAUGAACGCGUAUUUGGGAUUCAUAAGCAGGUCACAAGUAUGAGUUAUUAGGGGAAUUUGGGGAAAGGUUUUUGGAAGAUUUUUUUGCACUGUGCGAAAGGUUUGAAAAAAAAAGAAAUUGUAAAAUACGAACUGGGGAAAAAUCUGAAUUUUUAUUGCGUUUAGAGGAACAAUUUGAUAAAUUUUCGAAAAAAUGAAAAGUGAUCAAAAAGUAUCAAAAGUGAUCCAAAUACCUCAAAAGUGAUCCAAACCUCCUCUAACGUUAUUAAGCCAUUGGAAAAUGCUAUGAACACCUAGAUUUCGGCGAAAAAAUAAUUUUUACUAAAAAUCACAAAAAUGAUCAAAAAGUAUCAAAAGUUAUCCAAAUACCUCAAAAGUGAUCCAGCCCUUUUCUAAAGUUAUUGAUCACUCGAAAAUGAUAUACAGACCUUGAUUUCACCGAAAAAAUAAUUUUUAUCGAAAAUCCAAAAAAUGAUGAAAAAGUAUCAAAAGUGAUCCAAAAAAAGUAUCAAAAGUGACCCAACCUUUUUUUAAAUGUUAUUAUACCACCGGAAGAUGGUAUAGAGGAUUUAGUUUUGAAGAAACACUCAUUUUCAGUGAAAACCCGCAAAAAGAUUCAAAAAGUAUCAAAAGUUAUCCAAAUACCUCAAAAGUGAUCCAAACCUUUUUUAAUGUUAUUAGACCAGUGGAAAAUGAUACAGAGGCCUUAAUUUCCUAAAGAAAAAUAAUUUUUCAAUGAAAACCCCCCAAGAAAUUCAAAAAGUAUCAAAAGUUAUCUAAAUACCUCAAAAGUGAUCCAACCCUUUUUUAAUGUUAUUAGACCACUGAAAAUUAUUUAAUGAGGUUAAUUUAGGUGUUUUCCAAUAAAAUAAGCGUCAUUGAAAACCCCGAAAACGAUCAAAAAGUAUCAAAAGUGAUCAAUUUUUCAAAAAAUCCCUAAAAUUUUAACUUUCAGGUUCUCCGCCGAGACUUGCAGAAUCAAGUCAAGAAAGGCACCGAUCUGAACCAAAUCAUCUACUUCCCCCGCAACUUUGGCCUCUUCCACGUGUGCUUCCCCGACGAUGUGCCCUCGGGCAUCGGAAGCUUCUCCAAACUGGGCUAUAACUGCGCCCAAAACCCCGAACUCAAGCCCAGCCAAUCGGCGCGCGAGCGUUUCAGCACCGUCCAAAACCAGCACUACUACUUCUUAUGGGCCACCGUCUUCUUGUACGCCGCGGGGCUUGUCACAGCGGCCGUUGGGAUUUUGGUUGGAGUGGUUGGAUGCUGGAAGGGAAGUGCGCGAUUCACGCUGUUCACUGGAUUCGUCAUGUUCUUUGUUGGUGAGUGCCGGAUGAAAAUUUUUAACUGCACAGUGCGAAAAACAAAAAAUUUUUAGUGCACAGUGCAAAGAACUAUACAAGGAAUUAUUGCACUGUGCAAAACAUAGAUUAUUUUUUGAUUGCACAGUGCAAAAAAAUCAAAAAAAAUAUUGCACUGUGCAAAAAAUUUGGGCUCUCCACGUUUGUCGCACUGCGACAAAGGCGGACUUCUUUAAUUGCACAGUGCAAAAAUUUGAUCCCUCUCCUUGCUUUGCACCGUGCGAAAAUUGACAUGGUUUCGAAUGCACGGUGCAGAAACAUGGGAAGAAACUUCACCGCACUGUGCAAAAAGAAGAUUUUUUUGAUUGCACAGUGCAAAACAAAAUGAAAAAACGUUGCACUGUGCGAAGAUUUUAUCCUGCCUUUUGCUUUGCACUGUGCAAAAAAUAGAAAAAAUUGUUGCACAGUGCGAAUUUGGCUUUUCAUUUGAGGCACUGUGCAAAUCGAACAAAAAAAGACUUGCACCGUGCACUAAUUUUUGGGCAUUUUUUUGCACUGUGAAAAAGAAAAAUCGAUUUUUUGAUUUUGAAAAUGAGUAAUUAUUGUAAUUUUAAAAAGAGACAGAAAAUGCGAAAAGUGAUUAAAAUACCUCAAAAGUGAUCCAAAUGCCUCAAAAAUGAUCAAAAAGCCUCAAAACUGACUCAAAGAAGUUUUUUAUGACAUAUAAAUAAAGUUUCCCAAAAAAUGAUCAAAAUACUUCAAAAGUUAUCCAAAGUUCACAAAACUGUUCAAAAUCCCUCAAAAGCGAUCCAGAUGAUCCAAAAACGCUCAAAAGUGAUCAAACCCCCUCAAAAUGGCAUUUUACAGCUAUUUUUUCUAAUUUCUCUACUUUCAGUCCUCCUUCUCGUCGCCGCGAUCGCCCUCUUCCAUUGGGUCCAAUACCAAGAGCGUCACAUGUUGGAAAUGGAGCCCUAUUACCGCAGCUGGCAGCUGAUCCUCAAGCAAAAGACGACUUUUGCGUACGGCUGGAGCUACGUGACCACCUGGAUUGGUGUUGUUUUCCUGCUUCUCGGCGCCGUCAGUCUGAUUCUGGCGUACCGUUCCAUCAAACAAAGCAAGGAGUCGAUUUACAAAGCCAAAGCUGACGCGCUCUAUGCUCAGCACUACGAGAAAUCAAUGAUGCCCUACGGCGGUGCCUACAAUACUUAUGACAUUUACUCGACAUACUACGGACAUUACCCAACAAUGCAGGCGCCAGGAUAUUACGCACCUAACCCGUACAUGUAUGGGCAUCAGUAA